GGAAGCGGCGAGCCAGUGGGGGCUCCCUGGCCAGCGGCGUUCCAGGGCCAUGGGGCUGCCGUGGGCGACCGCGAGCGCCGAGGGGGCUCCCGUGCGGCUGCCUCUGGUGCUCACGGCGCUGUGGGCCGCGGCCGUGGGCCUGGAGCUGGCUUACGUGCUGGUGCUGGGUCCGGGGCCUCCGCCGCUGGGCCCCCUGGCCAGGACCUUGCAGCUGGCGCUGGCCGCCUUCCAGCUGCUGAACCUGCUGGGCAACGUGGGGCUGUUUCUGCGCUCGGACCCCAGCAUCCGCGGCGUGAUGCUAGCUGGCCGCGGGCUGGGCCAGGGCUGGGCGUACUGCCACCAGUGCCAGAGUCAGGUGCCACCACGGAGCGGGCACUGCUCGGCCUGCCGUGUGUGCAUCCUGCGUCGGGACCAUCACUGCCGCCUGCUGGACCGCUGCGUGGGCUUCCAUAACUACCGGCCUUUCCUGUGCCUGCUGCUGCACGCCGCCGGCGUCCUCCUGCACAUCUCAGUGCUGCUGGGCCCCGCGUUGGCUGCCCUGCUGCGGACCCAGGCGCCCCUGCACACCGCCGCCCUCCUUCUGCUUCCUUGGCUCAUGCUGCUCACAGGCCGGGUGUCUCUGGCGCAGUUUGCUCUGGCCUUUGUGAUGGACACGUGUGUGGCAGGGGCGCUGCUGUGUGUGGCCGGGCUGCUCUUCCACGGGACGCUGCUGCUGCGGGGCCAGACAACGUGGGAGUGGGCACGGGGCCAGCAUGCCUACGACCUGGGCCCCAGCCUCAACCUGCAGGCGGCCCUGGGGCCCCGCUGGGCCCUGGUCUGGCUCUGGCCUUUCUUGGCUUCCCCAUUGCCAGGGGAUGGGGUCACCUUCCCCACAGCCACAGAGGGGGAACUUAGGGCUUCUUGACCCCCGGGAGAGCUGGCACUUCCUGGGCACUGGGGGUGUAUGGCAGGGGCUGCACCUAGAACUCUCAGGGAGGAAGUUGGAUUGGCCUGAGAGCUGCAGUGGGCAUCGUCAGCUCUGCCUUGGCCGUGGCCUUGCCUCUGCCCACCGCCCCCUCCCCUCCCUCCUCACUCUCCAGUCUUUGCUGUGUUCCUGGUCCCUCCCUAAGCCGGGGCUGCUGCUUCUGGGUGCCCCGAUUGUCUGAGGGCCCAGGGCUCUCUUCUGGCCUGGCUGCAGGGCUGGGGCAGUGAGGCAACCAACAUUCCAGGGUCCCACACGUUGUUGUUAGAAGCACCUUUGAGGUGUGGCAGCCUCCUGUGGCCCCCCCACAGCUGCCCUGUCCAUGUCGCAGCAGCUCUCCUGAUGUCAUGGUAAAUAUCCUGAGCAUAAGUGACAGGCCGCACCGAGACCAUGGGGCAGGAGGUGGAGCUGGGCAGGCCUGAGCCCAGGCCAGUGGCACGUGACGGCCCAGGGAGUGCGGGACCCUGCUUGACGUGGGUCUUUGCUCCCCCUGCACCUUGCACAGCUGAAGGGAGCAGUGCUCCUCAGAGCUCCUGGGGAACUGUUUCUGUAAUAUCAUCGGCAGGGUGAAACGGCUGGGCAGAGAGGAGAGAGGGAGACACGAAUGUGGCAAGGAGGCUGCUUCCUCUCAGCAGAGAAUCAGGGGCCCCAGUGGGGAUGCGUGAAGGUGCUGUCACCCUUCUGGGGUGAGGCAGAGUGGAGGAUAAACUAGAGGUGAGCAGUUCCAGUUCCCAGGGGUGCUGGGGGGAAAGACUCUCGGCCCAAAAUGGGGUUCAGUCCACAGGAAGGCCCUCCUGUGAAUGGCAGGCAUACCCUGGGACUCCUUUUAAAAUUGGAGAGAGGUGUGCAGAGUUCACUCCCUAGGCACCUGCUUGAAGCCCCCAGAGCAGAGUCAGCCCAGUCUCCCCUUUGCUCCAGCCGUCUCCUGCUGCCUCCCCAUGGUACACAUGGGUCAGAAGCACCUGAUAUGACCAGACACCCUGAUACAGAACGAGGGUGUCCUAACCCUUGGCUUCCCCUAUGGCCACCCUCCCUCCCCCACUCCCAGGGCUCACGUAGCAGGUUCCAUGCAUGUGGGCCCGAGAUGCCUGGCCCCUGGCGCUCACCCUGCUGCCUCCUCCCUUGCCUCCCCAUUUCCCACGGGCUGUCUGCUAGUCCUCUCUGAUUGAGGGAGGGGAUACUGUCUUGUCCCGAUUGUUCCUGUGUUUGCGUUCCUCUCACAGGAUUGUACUGCUUCUGCAUGUUUUGUGUUUUAUAUUUUAUACAAACGAUGAGUACACCUUGCCACUUCCCA